CGCGUGCGGCCGGGCUGUGAAUGGGCGGCGGCGCGGCGGCGGGCGAGCGGCGGCCGCGCGGGCGGGCGCACUUUCUCCUCAGAGCCGGGCGGCGGCGGCAUCUCAGCGGGACCGUCGGAGACGCGGCGCGGGCCGCCGCCUACAACUUGUGCGGGGCCGCGGAGGCCUGGGGGCGCCGGCAUGGCCCGCGGCGGCUCGUCGGGCCCUCGAGCGUCUAGGGGAGCCCCGCCGCGCCCCCCGCACCCCCGACCCGACGCGGCGGCGAGGAGGCCGGCGGCUAAGUUGCGCGCGGGCCGGCGCGGGUGGUGGCUGCUGCUGGCGCUGCAGAUGCACUGGCUCCGGGCGCGGGCGCAAGAUGAGGUUGUGCCCUACUUCAAGACGGAGCCUGGCCUGCCCCAGAUCCACCUCGAGGGCAACCGCCUGGUCCUCACCUGCCUUGCUGAAGGGAGCUGGCCGCUCGAGUUCAAGUGGAUGCUGGAUGACAGGGAGCUCACCGCCUACACCAGCGAGUACAAGUACACCGUUCCAUCCUUACAGCAGCGUGACGCCGGCUUCUACCGCUGUGUGGUACGGAACCGGAUGGGAGCGCUCCUGCAGAGAAGAUCCGAAGUCCAAGUUGCAUACAUGGGGGAUUUCGUGGGUGCAGACCAGAAGAAAACAGUCUCUCCAGGACAAGCCGCAGUCCUCGACCUACUGCCUGUGGCCAGCUGCCCCCGACCACAGGUGACCUGGUUCAGAGAAGGACACAAGAUCAUCCCCAGCAGCAGAAUAGCCAUCACGCUGCAGAACCAGCUGGUGAUCCUCGCAGCCACGCCCGGAGACUCGGGGGCCUACUACGCGCAAGCAGUGAACGAGAGGAACGGAGAGAAUAAGACCAGUCCGCUCGUGGCCCUGAGCGUCCCAAGAGCAGCAGGCCCUGCCGGGACCCUAGCACCCAUGAUCGUGGUCCCCCCGAGCAACAGCAGCGUGGUGGCCGGCUCCAGUGAGGCGACCCUAGAGUGCAUAGCCAACGCCAGGCCCCUGGAGGAGCUGCGUGUGAGCUGGAAGAGGAACGGCGUGACCCUCACCCGAGGGCUGCACAGCUUCGGGCGCCGGCUGACCAUCAGCAACCCCACGUCCGCGGACACUGGCCUGUACGUGUGCGAGGCCGUGCUGAGAGGGAGCGCCCUGGAGCCCACCCGGGCCAGCGCCGUCCUCGCCAUCAUAGAGCCACCAUAUUUCACUGCGGAGCCUGACAGCCGGAUUCUAGUGAAGGUGGAGGAGACAGUGGACAUGGUGUGCAGAGCCAUGGGGGUCCCACUGCCCACCCUCCAGUGGUACAAGGACGCGGUACCUGUGGGCAGGCUCCAGAACCCUCGCUACACAGUGCUGCCCAGUGGGGCCCUGCGCAUCCACAAGCUAAGUCCCGAGGACUCCGGCAUCUUCCAGUGCUUCGCCCGCAACGACGGCGGGGAGAUCCAGACCCACACCCACCUGGAUGUCACCAAUGUGGCGCCAGCCUUCACCCGGCUGCCUGUGGACACCACAGUCACUGACGGGAUGACGGCGCUGCUGAGGUGCGAGGUGUCCGGCGCGCCCACGCCAGCUAUCACCUGGAAGAGAGGGAGCCAGGUCCUGGCCAGCGGCUCUGUACGGCUUCCAAGAUUUAUGCUCCUGGAGUCAGGGGGCCUGCAGGUUGCCCCAGUCUCAGCCCAGGAUGCAGGCAACUACACCUGUUUCGCUGCCAACUCAGAGGGGACCCUGCAGGCGACGGCAGAGCUCACCGUGUGGAACCGCACAUCCAUCGUCAGCGCCCCAGAGGACCUGGUGGUGAUCAAGGGGACCACGGCCGUGCUGCGCUGCGGGGUCACUCACGACCCCCGGAUCUCUCCCCGCUUCCUGUGGAAGAAGGACCAGGUGGCCAUCGCCCUACCCGGCAGUUCCCGGAUCUUGGUGGAAAAGGAUGGGUCCCUGCUCAUCAGCCAGACGUGGUCAGGGGACAUCGGCGACUACACCUGCCAGGUCGUCUCCCAGGGUGGCAACGACUCCCGCUCGGCCCGCCUGGAAGUCAUUGAACUGCCUCACUCGCCUCAGAACCUGCUGGCCAGCCUGGAUGCAUCCCAUAGCCAGUCCGUGGUGCUCUCCUGGGUCCGGCCCUUUGACGGCAACAGCCCCGUCCUCCGCUACAUCGUGGAGGUGUCUGAGAACAACUCCCCAUGGAAAGUGCAUGUGUCUGAUGUCGGCCCCGAGGUGACGAGCAUGGCGGUGCACGGUCUGACGCCUGCACGUACCUACCAGUUCCGGGUGUGCGCUGUGAACCAAGUGGGUAGGGGCCAGUACAGCACUGAGACCAGCAGGCUGGUCCUUCCAGAGGCGCCACCCAGCGCCCCCCCAAAGAACAUCGUGGCCAGCGGGCGCACCAACCAGUCCAUCAUGGUCCAGUGGCAGCCGCCCCCCGAAACAGAACACAACGGGGUACUGCGAGGCUACAUCCUCAGGUACCGCCUGGCCGGGCUGCCAGGAGAGCAUCAGCAGAGGAACAUCUCGAGCCCCGAGGUCAACUACUGCCUGGUGACGGAGCUCAUUGUCUGGACGCAGUACGAGAUCCAGGUGGCUGCCUACAACGGGGCCGGGCUGGGCGUCUUCAGCCGCGCAGUAACUGAGUACACGCUGCAGGGAGUGCCCACGGCGCCCCCCCAGAAUGUGAAGACGGAAGCCGUGAACUCCACCACCAUCCAGUUCCUGUGGAAGCCGCCGCCCCAGCAGUUCAUCAAUGGCAUCAACCAGGGCUACAAGCUCCUGGCGUGGCCGGCAGAUGUCCCCGAGGCUGUCACCGUGGCCCCCGUGGCCCCGGAUUUCCACGGGGAGCACCAUGGCUACAUCACCAACCUGAAGAAGUUCACUGCCUACCUGACGUCAGUGCUCUGCUUCACCACCCCCGGGGACGGGCCCCCCAGCACGCCACAGCUCGUCCAGACGCACGAGGACAAGCCAGGGGCCGUGGGCCAUCUGAGCUUCACGGAGAUUCUGGACACGUCGCUUAGAGUCAGCUGGCAAGAGCCUCUGGAGAAGAACGGCAUCAUCACAGGCUACCAACUGUCCUGGGGUGGGUACGGCAGGAACGCCUCCCGCCUGGCACGCACACUCAACAGCUCGACCCACGAGUACAAGAUCCAAGGGCUGUCCGCGCUCACCACCUACACCAUCGACGUGGCCGCCAUGACUGCCGUGGGCGCCGGCCUCGUCACCUCAUCUACCAUCUCCUCGGGGGUGCCCCCAGAGCUACCGGGAGCCCCAUCCAACCUGGUCAUCUCCAACAUCAGCCCCCGCUCUGCCACGCUGCAGUUCCGGCCCGGCUACGACGGCAAGACAGCCAUCUGCCGCUGGAUCGUGGAGGGCCAGGUGGGGGCCAUCGGCGAUGAGGAGGAGUGGGUGAGCCUGUAUGAGAAGGAAAACAAGCCUGACGCCCAGACGCUGGACAUCCCAAACCUCACACCUUACACACACUACAGAUUCCGCUUGCGGCAGGUGAAUGUGGUGGGUGCCAGCCCCGCCAGCCAGUCCUCCAGGGUCAUCCAGACGCUGCAGGCCCCACCUGAUGUGGCCCCCUCCAGCCUCACCGUCAGGACAGCCAGUGAGACCAGUCUGCGGCUACGCUGGGUGCCUCUGCCCGACUCCCAGUACAACGGAAACCCCGAGUCCGUGGGCUACAGGAUCCGCUACUGGCGCCCCGACCUGCCAUCUGCGGCGCUGGCCCAGGUCAUCAGUGACCGUCUGGAGCGCGAGUUCACGGUGGAGGAGCUGGAGGAGUGGACAGAGUAUGAGCUGCAGGUGCAGGCCUUCAACGCCAUCGGGGCUGGGCCCUGGAGCGAGGCUGUGCGUGGCCGCACACGGGAGUCAGUGCCCUCUGCCCCCCCUGGGAACGUGUCUGCUGAGGCCGUUAGCUCCACCCAGAUCUUGCUCACCUGGGCGUCUGUGCCAGAGCAGGACCAGAACGGGCUCAUCCUGGGCUAUAAGGUCCUGUUCCGGGCCAAGGACCUGGAUGUGGAGCCCAGCUGCCACGUGGUGAGGGGGAACCACACGCAGUCGGCGCUGCUCGGGGAACUGCGCAAAUUCGUGCUCUAUGAGCUGCAGGUGCUGGCCUUCACCCGCAUCGGCAACGGGGUCCCCAGUGCCCCCCUGCUGCUAGAGAGGACCAAGGAUGACGCGCCAGGACCCCCAGUAAGGCUCGUGUUCCCAGAAGUCAGGCUCACCUCUGUGCGCAUAGUGUGGCAGCCCCCUGAGGAGCCCAACGGCAUCAUCCUGGGUUACCAGAUUGCCUACCGCCUGACUCGCAGCAGCCCCAGCACGUUCACCACAGUGGAGGUGGGCGCCACAGUGCAGCAGUUCACGGCCACAGAGCUGGCCCCCGAGGAGGCCUACCUCUUCAGGCUGGCAGCCAAGACGCGCCAGGGCUGGGGGGAGCCACUGGAGGCCACGGUCAUCACCACUGAGAAGAGAGAGCGGCCAGCGCCCCCCCGGGAGCUGCUGGUGCCCCAGGUGGAGGUGACCGCACGUAGCCUGUGGCUCCAGUGGGUGCCAGGCAGCGACGGGGCUUCGCCCAUCCGCUACUUCACCCUGCAGCUGCGGGAGCUGCCCAGCGGCGCCUGGCACACCUACUCCUCGUCCGUGAGCCACGCGGCCACGGCCUGCGCCGUGGAGAGGCUGAGGCCCUUCACCUCCUACAAGCUGCGCCUGAAAGCCACCAAUGACAUUGGGGACAGUGACUUCAGCGCAGAGACUGAGGCCGUGACCACACUGCAGGAUGUCCCCGGGGAGCCUCCCAGCUUCGUCUCGGUGACACCCCACACCACGUCUUCUGUCCUCGUCCAGUGGCAGCCGCCAAGGGAUGAGAGCCUCAACGGGCUCCUGCAGGGCUACCGGAUCUACUACCGGGAGCUGGAGGCUGAGGCAGGGCCCGGCACGGAGCACCAGCCACAGCAGAGCCCAUCUGCGCUGCGGGCCGAGCUCACAGCCCAGAGCAGCUUCAAGGCUGUGAACAGCAGCUCCACGCUGACGACCUAUGAGCUCACACACCUGAAGAGGUACCGGCGCUACGAGGUGGUGCUGACGGCCUACAACAUCGUUGGCGAGAGCCCAGCCAGCACGCCCGUGGAGGUCUUCGUGGGCGAGGCGGCCCCUACCCGAGCCCCACAGAAGGUACAAGUGAGCCCACUCACGGCCAGCCAACUGGAGGUGACCUGGGAGCCACCGCCGCCCGAGAGCCAGAACGGGAACAUCCAGGGCUACAAGAUCUAUUACUGGGAGGCUGACAGCCAGAAUGAGACAGAGAAGAUGAAGGUCCUGUUCCUGCCGGAGACGGCGGCAAAGCUUAAGGGUCUGAGCAGUCACACCCAGUAUCUGGCUAGCGUCUCGGCCUUCAACGCCGCGGGCGAUGGGCCCCGCAGCACCCCCCGGGCCAGCCGCACCCUCCAGGCAGCCCCGGGAACCCCCAGCUUCCUGGACUUCUCGGAGGUCACGUCCACCACGCUCAACGUCUCAUGGGGCGAGCCAGCAGCAGCCAAUGGCAUCCUGCAGGGAUACCGCGUGGUGUACCAGCCACUGGCACCAGUGCAAGGCGUGAGCAAGGUGGUGACGGUGGACGUGAAAGGGAACUGGCAGCGCUGGCUGAAGGUGCGGGACCUCACCAAGGGUGUCACCUACUUCUUCCGGGUGCAGGCACGCACCAUCGCCUACGGCCCUGAGCUGCAAGCCAACGUGACCACUGGCCCCGCCCCGGGCUCCCCAGGCCCCCCACGAGAUGUGCUGAUCACCAAGUCCUCCUCUGAGCUGACACUGCAGUGGAUGGAAGGCAGCACGGGCAGGACCCCCACCACAGGCUACGCCAUCGAGGCCAGGCCUUCAGACGAGGGGCUGUGGGACACGUUUGUGAAGGACAUUCCCCGGGGCGCCACCUCCCACAGUAUCCGCCUGGACCAGCUACGCCAGGGCGUCACCUAUGAGUUCCGUGUGAUGGCCGCCAACGCCCAGGGCUUUGGGGAGCCCAGUGGACCCUCUGCCCCUGUGUCAGCGCAAGCAGAGACACCUGUCUACACUGAGUGGUGGUUCCUGCUGGUGCUGGCACUUUCUGGCCUCCUGCUCCUGCUGCUGGCGGCCUUUGCCCUCAUGCUGCGCGGCCAGGGCAAGAAGGACCGGAGCUGUGGCACAGGCAAGAGCAUGUCACACAUGGAGGAAUCAGUGACACUGGAUAACGGAGGCUUUGCUGCCCUGGAGCUCAACAGCCGGCACCUCAACGUCAAAAACACCUUCUCCAAGAAGAACGGGACCAGGUCCCCGCCUCGCCCGAGCCCUGGGGGACUGCACUACUCAGACGAGGACGUGUGCAGCAGAUACAACGGCACGGUGCUGAGCGAGGGCGGGACGCUGCAGAAGCCGGAGGACACGUCCGAGUCUGAGGCCACAGACUCAGAGGCGGAGGAGGCACAUCCACACUCCUUCGUGAACCACUACAUGAGCGACCCCAGCUACUGCCACUCGUGGAGGCCCCGGGCCCCGCAGCGCUACGAGGCAGUGGCAGCCGACACGGGCCCACUGCACACCGUGGUCACCACGCAGAGCGCUGUGUUUGUGCCCCCAGGCCCUGGAGCCAGGACUCCGCUCACGGGCUUCUCCUCCUUCGUGUGAGCCGGGCACGGACAUGGGAAGUCGGCAGGGACACCGCCUCUUUCUUUUCUGUUCUUUUAGAGAAGGCAUUCCCCACGCGUGCAGCACCAGGCCUCGGACCCGGGCCCCCAGUGGCCUCUGGCCUCUGCCUCCUCUACCUCCUCUGCUUCCAGAACCUUCCACUGGCAUUGCCCGGGAGUCAGGAGCAAAGGAUCGGUCUGGGCUCGAUGCCAGGCCCACUUCACCUUCUAGAGUUCUCUCUCUCAGCAGUUCUGAGAGAGCCACCAGCCUUGGGGCCCGGCAGCCCCUGAGCACCGAAGAGGACAGGAGGGAGAUGGAGCCCGGUGGGCCAGGUGGCAGGUGUGUGGCCCAGGGGCACAUCCGGGGCCUUUCCCUUCCAUUCUUUCUUUUCGAGGGAGGCCAGAGCAAGGCCUCACCUGGUGGUCUGGGCGCCCGGGCCCCCAGCGCCCCCUCCCCAGGUGACAGCUGGUGUGUGAGCAGCGUGCGUUGUUAACCAGAGUAUUUUUAAACCUUUUUAUCUUUUUUUAAAGAUGUCACAUGAAAUGAAUGAGUCUUUGUGUUUCCGGGUA